GCGUCCCUUGCCGAGAAAAUGACAGACAAGCAACUAAAACAAUGGCGAAAGGAGCAAAAGGACCGAGACAGGGUGGCUUUAGACCACAGCCAAAUCGCCCCCGACGCUACACUCGAAUCUACAGAUUCCUUGCAACGAUGGAUGCUUGCUCUUGACAAGAUUGCCGUCCAACAGGUCCCUGCGCAGGAGCGUACGCGAUGGACCCUCGACCUCGAGAAGAUUCUGGAUAACGAAGUAGCGGCAACGCAGGGAGGCCAGAUCGAGAAACCAGAUUCGGUUGGUAGCACUGCGGGUCGUGAUGAUCGUGCUGGACAUGCGGAUGUGAAUGCGUAUGCGAAUGGGUUUCGGGGGAAGGAAGGAAAGCAUGACCAGCAGCAGCAAAACCACCACCACAAGCAACAUCAGGAGAAACAGCGAUCCAGAAAACCCUAUCAGAGACGCAAACAGGACGGUUUCACCAAUAAUCCUACCCGUGCUCCGCGUAAACGCAACAAAGGUCGCCGCGCAGAGAAACGCGUACGUGACGCUACUGCUGCUGCUGCUGCUGCUGCUGCUGAUGCUGCUGAUGCCGCUGAUGCUGCUGAUGCCGCUGAUGCUGCUGAUGCACUUCCCUUCAAGAAUACCCCCCAAACCACUGAAGCAACUGCUGAUAAGAAAAAAUAAAGCAGCAGCACCAAAACACGAAGACAUCUAGCGAUCAAGCAAUCCCAUCGACCGCUGAGCGUACUAAAUACAACGAUGAUAGGCAUCUGGACCCAUACUGGCUUGAUCUGCUGGCGCAUGCCCAAUCGCCCGCGGCGCUCUAUACGGCUGAGAGUAUUUACGAGUCUUUCAUGGAGUUUAAGAGGAGGUGUUGAUUCGGACCUGAUCUCUUGCUGGGUGGCAUUGGGAGAGUUAGGGUGGUUAGAUGGUCGGUGUUUCUGGCUUUCUUUUUUCUUUUUCUUCUACGGCAAUGGGGUUUUAUGAAGAGCUGCUGCUUAUGACUUUUUUGUGCCUAUCUUGACUUUCUUUAGUAGUGGACUGAGUUAUAUGGGUUUUGGAGCAUACAUAAAUUUGUGUGGAGUCGUACGAUACAAGUUAGUAUCUCAAUAUACACCUGUCCUAGUGAAACAUGUACAUUGCGUUGAGGAAUAAAUCCAUUCCCUGUAGAUGAUCAUCGUUUCCCGUUGCAUCUAGUGAAGUAGCUAAACUAGUAAAACUUGUCCAUGACCUCAGACAGUGACAUGAUGGAAACAUGAUCACCGAGUUAUAUUGAUUCUUGCUCGUCGC